AUGGGCAACGUUGCAAGUUCUGAGAAUAAUUGGGAUGGCUCGACCAUCCCUUCCCAAGCAAACAAGGUUGCAAUUGUCACGGGUGCUAACUCGGGCAUUGGAUUUGAAGCUGCAAAGGUGCUGGCAAUGCACGGAGCGCAUGUGAUUCUCGCUUGCCGUAACGAAAAACGUGGACGAGACGCUGAGAAAUUGAUAACUGAAGAACUUGUCAAAGUACCUGAUGAUGUCGUUGGGUCCGUGGAAUUUAUGCAAGUGGAUAUUGGUGACCUUUCUAGUGUCCGUAAAUUCGCACGUGCUUGUCAUGAGAAGCUUGAUCACCUUGAUCUACUGAUCAACAAUGCAGGUGUUGCAUUGCCUGUUCAGAGUCACACACCUGAUGGAUUGGAAGCACAAUUUGCAAUCAAUUAUUUGGGACACUUUUGCUUGACGAGUGAAUUACUCGACUUGCUACGUCAAUCAAAAAGCCAAGCUCGCGUGGUUAAUGUCGGUAGUCUUUUGCACUAUUUUGCUUGGAUGUUUAUGAACUUUUCGACGCUGGGACGCACGCAUGGUGGGUGGUCCGACUAUUCGAGGUCUAAAUUGGCCAUUCUAUUGUUCACCUUUGAGCUGCAACGACGUUUACAGUCGGCACAGGUGGAGAAUGUGAUUUCGGUGGCCGCCCACCCGGGUAGCACGUAUACCAACAUGUGGAACCGCUAUUACGAGAAAACGUUCUAUCCUUGGCUAGCCGAGAUUUUGGCAUGGCUAACAUCGUGGCUUCCGGUCAUGACGCCACAAAUGGGUGUACUCCCUAUUCUGUAUGCUGCAACAAUGAAGAAUGUCAAGGGUGGAGAGUAUUAUGGUCCCAAUGGGUUGCUGCACGUGCGAGGCUAUCCUACACUCGAAACUGGUGCAAAAUCGAGCCACUCAUUGGAAAAUGCAAACACGAUCUGGACGCUUAGUGAAACUAUGCUGGGUGAGAAGUUUAAGCUGUAA